AUUCACCAUGCUCAUCAAGGAGUACCACAUCCCCAUGCCCAUGAGUGUGGAGGAGUACCGCAUAGCCCAGCUCUACAUGAUCCAGAAAAAGAGCAGAGAAGAGAGCUGCGGUGAGGGGAGUGGUGUGGAGAUCCUUGAGAAUAAGCCCUACACAGAUGGACCUGGUGGGACGGGUCAGUACACCCACAAGGUCUACCACAUUGGCAUGCACAUUCCCAGCUGGUUCCGAUCCAUACUGCCCAAAGCAGCCCUGAGGGUUGAAGAGGAGUCCUGGAAUGCCUACCCAUACACCCGCACCAGGUACACCUGUCCCUUUGUUGAGAAGUUCUCCAUAGAUAUUGAAACUUACUACAAGCCCGACCCCGGCGAUCAAGCAGAUGUCUUCAGCUUGUCUGCCACCGACAAGAGACAGAGGACUAUUGACCCAAUCGACAUAGUGACAGAUCCCAUCCCCCCUCAUGAGUACAAAGCAGAGGAAGACCCAAGGCUUUACAAGUCGUCGAAGACCCAGAGGGGUCCCCUGCGGGACGACUGGAUAGAGGAGUACAACAAUAACCCUGGGAAAACUCCAAUCAUGUGUGCCUACAAACUGUGUAAAGUGGAGUUCCGUUACUGGGGCAUGCAGUCAAAGAUCGAGCGCUUCAUUCAUGAUGUUGGACUAAGAAAGGUGAUGGUGCGAGCCCACCGGCAGGCCUGGUGUUGGCAAGAUGAGUGGUAUGGUCUCACCAUUGAGGACAUCAGGCAGCUGGAGCUGGAAACCCAGCUGGCCUUGGCCAGAAAGAUGGCCCAGUUUUGCCAGGGAGAGGAGGCCACAGAGGCUGUAGGCGGCGUUGCAUCUCCUGACAAAGAUCAGGAAGCUAAAGAAGCAAUCAACUCUAUUGAAGCUGAGGAAGUGGUUGCAAGUACAGGAAGAGAGACUCUUCAGCCACGAGGUGUUCUCACCAAGCAGUGGUCCACCUCCUCCCGAUCCAUCUCCGAGUGGAGGAUGCAGAGCAUCGCGCGGGACUCGGACGACAGCUCGGACGAGGAGUUUUUCGACGCUCACGAGGAUCUCUCAGAUGGUGAGGAGGUCUUCCCUAAGGAAAUUGCUAAAUGGAACUCCAACGAUCUCAUGGACAAGAUUGAAGCUGCAGAUGCCGAGGAAACACCUGGUACCAUGAAGGCCACUGGAGAGCUGUUCAAGGAAAUGACGGUGGAUUACGACCGAGCAGCAAAUGAGGACAGGCUAGAUGAGAUGCGUGGCUCUCUUAGCGGCCAAGCCGAUAGCUCUCCUAUUCCUACCAUCAUGGAGAGUUCUUCCCAGCAGUGUUUGCAGCCUUCCAAGAUCCACGUGCUGAUCUUGGUCUUGCAUGGAGGGAACAUCUUGGAUACAGGCGGAGGAGACCAGAACAGCAAGCAGGCCGACGUCAACACAAUUAGCACGGCUUUUGAGACAGUCAUGCGUGUUCACUACCCUGCUGCGCUGGGACGCAUCGCCAUCCGCUUGGUGCCCUGCCCUGCCAUCUGUGCCGAGGCUUUCUCUCUGGUGUCCAAUCUGAGUCCUUACAGUUACGAUGAAAGCUGUCUGUCAAGCAGCCAAGACCACAUCCCACUGGCAGCCCUGCCUCUCCUGGCCACCUCUGCUCCUCAGUACCAGGACGCCAUGACCACCGUCAUUGUUCGAGCCAAUCAAGUGUACGCUGACUUUCUGAAGUCUUUGGAUGGGGCUGCAUUCUCUGGCCAGGUGUGCCUUAUUGGGGACUGUGUGGGAGGAAUCCUAGGGUUUGAUGCAUUGUGCAAUAGCAAUCCCACAGUGAACGAAAGCCAGAACAGCAGUCGAAGGGGGAGUGUCAUCAGCGUGCAGGACCAGGACCUCCUCUCUCCUGGCAUUAUCAUCAACAGCGGACAAGGAUCUGCCUCCCCAACACUGGAAGGAAGCCGCCACCUCAGUCGCAGUAACAUUGACAUUCCUCGCGCCAGUUCAGGCGACGAGGCCAAGAGACAGCUGCCACGCAAGAGGAGUGAUUCCUCUACCUACGAGCUGGACACAAUAAAGCAGCACCAGGCUUUCCUGACCAGUUUGCACUCCAGCGUCCUGCGUAACGACGCCGCCUCGCGCCGGUCCAGCAGCAGCACUAUGCUGGACGGAGGCUCCUUGGGGAAGUUUGACUUUGAGGUUUCUGAUUUUUUCCUCUUCGGUUCUCCAUUGGGUUUAGUCCUGGCCCUGAGGAAGACUGUGAUCCCCAUGUUGGAUGUGGCCCAGCUGCGGCCUGCUUGUCAGCAGGUUUAUAACUUGUUCCAUCCAGCUGAUCCCUCAGCCUCCCGCCUGGAGCCUCUGCUGGAGCGGAAAUUUCACCUCCUCCCUCCCUUCAAUGUGCCGCGCUACCAACGCUUUCCCCUCGGAGAUGGGAACUCUGCCCUGCUGGUGGAGACAGUCCAGAGCAACGCUCAGCUGCUACUUGAUAGCGGGCCCCCCAUGUCCCUUCGCUGUCAGGAGACCAUCAGUGAGACCUGCAUUCCUGUGCCUGUGCUAAACUGGCAGGAGGGCUCCCUCAAAGCCACACCCGCCACUAUGGAGUCGGAUGUUGUUCAGUCUCAUGGUGGUGUCUUCAUGGACAGUUCGUACCCCUCCUCCCCCAUAACGGGCCCCUUCUCCCGGGGCCAGCGGAGGGCCAGUGAGGUCAGCAUUGCCAGCCAGGUCUCAGGAAUGGCAGACAGUUACACUGCCACCAACAUAGCUAACACCAAUUCAAACCAGUUUAACCAGUCCAAAAGAUUCAGUCUUUUGUCGCAACUUGCCCUAUCAUCACCAAGCAAAUUCUUCCUGAAAAGCCCCCCUAAAUCUCGUAAGAAACUGGAGGCUUGCCAGUCUGCAGGAUCUUCUGACGCAGAUCAAGCAGCUGAGUUGGAAGAUGAGGCAAACUCUAGUGAAUGUCUAAGCCCCACUUGCCAGUAUGAGAACAACCUUUCACCGGGGCUGGACUGUGCAAUAUGUGAUCUGGUCUCACUGGACUCCCAAGCUGAAGUUGACCAAGUUGCAGCACGCUGGUGGGGCACAAAGCGGCUGGACUUUGCCCUGUACUGUCCCGAUGCUCUGACCGCUUUCCCCACAGUAGCUUUACCACACCUCUUCCACGCAUCAUACUGGGAAUCCACUGACGUGGUGUCUUUCCUGCUGAGGCAGGUCAUGCGGCAUGAAAACUCCAGCAUUCUGGAGCUCGACGGGAAAGAAGUGUCUGAGUUCACGCCCUCGAAACCUCGAGAGAAGUGGCUCCGCAAGAGGACUCAUGUCAAGAUCAGGAAUGUGACUGCGAACCAUCGCGUAAACGAUGCAGUUUUUACUGAAGACAGCCAGCAGGUGGUGACGGGUCGCUUCAUGUAUGGCCCUCUGGACAUGGUCACUUUAGCUGGAGAGAAGAUUGACCUCCACAUCAUGACCCAGCCUCCGUCCGGAGAAUGGUUGUUUUUCAACACUGAGGUGACCAACAGCAGUGGCCGUGUGUCUUUUGUCAUCCCAGAGGACAGGCGUUUGGGCAUAGGGGUCUACCCAGUUAAAAUGGUCGUCAGGGGUGACCACACGUUUGCAGACAGCUACCUGACUGUUAUUCCACGUGGCACUGAGUUUGUUGUGUUCAGCAUCGAUGGUUCAUUUGCUGCCAGUGUUUCAAUCAUGGGCAGUGAUCCAAAAGUCCGGGCAGGAGCCGUUGACGUAGUCAGGUACUGGCAGGAUUUGGGCUAUUUGAUCAUCUAUGUGACCGGACGACCAGACAUGCAGAAGCAGCGGGUGGUGGCUUGGCUGUCCCAGCACAACUUCCCUCAUGGCAUUGUGUCCUUCUGCGAUGGGCUAGUGCACGACCCGCUCAGACACAAGGCCAACUUCCUCAAAUCACUGACAGAGGCUCACAUGAAGAUUUUUGCUGGAUAUGGAUCAACCAAAGACAUCUCUGUCUACAACUCUAUUGGCCUCUCUUCAUCUCAGAUAUACAUUGUCGGCAGACCCUCAAAGAAGAUGCAACACCAGUGUCAGUUCAUCACAGAGGGAUACGCAGCUCAUUUGUCCCAGCUGGAGUACAACCACCGUUCUCGGCCAGCCAAGUCCAGCAGCACACGCAUGGUGCUGCGCAAAGGCAGCUUCGGUCUGGGCGCCAACAGCGACUUCCUGAGGAAAAGGAACCACCUGCUGCGCACAAUCUCCUCACAGCCAGCCCCCAGCUCCCCCACCGGCAGCGUCCACAACAGGCCUGAGCGCACGCAGAGCCAGUCGGACAGCGAGCGGCUGGAGCGGGAGCGGCUGGAGCGCACCCACAGCCACAGCGGGGGAUCCACGCAGCGCAGCAUGAGCAUCACCGCCAGCUGCUGGGGCCGCAGCAGCAGCACCAAGCUGGAGCCCGGAGUUUUCAACCCCAAAUGAGACCACGCCAGAGCACCUCCAGGACUGACGCACAGAUUCAGUCGCUGCGGAAGUGAUGGGUGACGCUGACAUAGAAAUGGAGUUCAAAACAACUGGUUUGCACCAAAUGUGUAAAUACCACAAGGACAUUUGGUGCUGCCAGCCACUGAUAUCAAAAACUGAUGCCAGUCAUGUUAAUCAAAGACUUCAGGACAGGCUGGGCUCAUUAUAAAACAGUCUACAAGACAUUUCAAAAAGCAACUUCCUAAAAUAGGAUCACGCACGUAAAGCUGAUAACGUGUUUGUUUCUACUGUUGAGGGAAUAUUUAUCAGUUUUAAUACAAGGUUAGUUUUCGCUCUUCUGUUGGAUUUUAGAGAAGAGAUGAUUCUGGAAAAAAAGCACUCCUAUGCUGUGUGUUGCAGCCAACACAAAAAGUUGUUACAGAUGGUUUGUAACAAGUGCACACUCUGAUAAAGUGCUGUCACUGCAUAAUGUGGCCAGUGCAAGCACAAAUACUGCAACGGAGACUAACUUUAGGGGAAAGUCUUCUCCGGGUGAUAAUCAGCUUAGCGUCCGAGAGCAGAGCUGAGAUUCAGGUGACACUGGAAUGACCACCUUUGCCUUUUUUGGGUGCAAACUGGAUGUUGUAGGGUUCGAGUAUCUCGGGAUCUUGUUUGCGAAUGGGGUUAGAAUGGAGCGGGAGAUGGACAGGCGGACCGGUGCAGCGUCAGCAGUAAUGCGGGCGCUGGACCGGUCUGUCGUGAUGAAGAGAGAGCUGAGCUUAAAAGUCGAUCUACGUUCCCACCCUCGUCUAUGGUCACGAACUUUGGGUAGUGACCGAAAGAACGAGA